GAUCACUUCUGAAACCAAUGUAAUGAAACAGCAGGGAGCAGGUCUCGAACCUUCGAGCCCGAGGUCCGGCGCGCUAUCGACUGUGCCGAAAAAGCAUGCUUGUGCGGCACGAGUCGAUUUCCGCGCCAGGGUCGUUACAAUACUUUAGGUCAUUGGAUUGUUUACAGACAAUCACAGAUUGUCAUGUGUUGGGUGGGAAGUCACAAUCUCUGGAAGUCACCCUCAGAGUUUAGUCAGCAACACGUGACAACGGAGGGCGCUCUGAGCGAGCUGGGAUUGACAUAGGGACUCGGACUCCAUUUAGCUUGGGAACCAGUCAGACCAGAUAUGGCAGCCAACAGGUUCGGAAGGACGCACGCAGAUGAAGUCCACUCGUCAGAUUUGGGAACGUAUCCGGAACACGGAGGCAACCUUCAGAAGAGACAAGCUCGAGUUACUGUGAAAUACAACAGAAAAGAGCUACAGAGGCGACUAGACGUGGAGAAAUGGAUAGACGACUGUUUGAACGAGCUGUACUUGGGCAAGGAGGAAGACAUGCCAGACGAGGUAAACAUUGAUGACCUGAUAGAUCUACCUAGCAAUGAGGAGCGAGUGAAAAAGUUACAGGAGAUCCUUCAGACAUGCAGCAACAACACUGAGACCUUCAUCGGCGAGCUGUUGGUCAAGCUGGAAGGCCUUCACAAGCAGGAGGAGCUGGCUACAGAGGGCAUCGAACACCCCUCCCUUUGCAACCACCCCCAGCACCGCCAUGAGCCGUACCACUUCAACGACCCCCACUGCCCCCGCACCCACACCCACACCCACCAGACCCUCUGACCUCACCACACAGCUGACCUCUGACUAGGGGUGUAAAAUUCUUUCCCAAAAUUACCUGGUUUUCCAUAAAUUCCUGUUGGAAUAUUUCUGGAAUCAGGAGGGAAUAAGCAGGGAGGAAAUCCUCCAACUGUUCCCGGUAAUCUUCCAAUUGGGUUUGCUGAAAAAGCUGGGAAUUUGGGGAACGUUUCUGGAAUUUUGUUUCCCAGCAACCCCAUUUCAUCCAUUCCCCCCCCUCCCCCAAAACACACCCUCGGACCACCCUCGGACUCUAUCCACACACUGAUCUUAACAUGUCACAUGAACAACAUCUGUUGCCAUGUUGUCCAGGCACUUGGGAUCACAUCCCACUGGGCCCACUUUGUCAUUUCAACAUGGAGAAUUUGGUAUUUGCUAGAUAUGUGGAUCAAUGAGCUUUCAAACCAUUUUGAAAAAGACAGCCAAAAGUUUGAAUUCCCAUCUAAAAGCACAACCAAAUUUAUUUAGUUUAGUUUAUUUGUCACCUUCCUUUUUAACAAUUUAAAAGCACAACAAAGCUAAAAUUGUUUAUUUAUCAAACAACUUAAUGUGUUAUCAUUGUGCUUCAUUUAAUAGCACAACCAAAUGACCUGAAUUCCAGUUGAUUACAUUAAAGUACAUGGUGCAAGUGA